AUGACCAAGACUGUUGAUGAAGCUAAGGUUCUUAUUGAGAAUCUUGCAGCUAGUGAUUGUAACAACUGUCCUGAUUAUGACCGCUCAAGCCGCACCACUACUAGCUCCCCUGAUUCUUUUCAAAUGACUGAACUCAAGAACAUGAUGGCUCAAGUUCUUAAGGGACAGCUCAAGCAUAUCAAUGCAAUAGAAGGGAUGAGUGAUGCUAAUGAAGAUUCAUCAAGAGAAUGCAUGGGAGAUUUCUCUAAUGAAGCCAAUGAAGAAGAUGUGAACUACAUUGGAAACUAUGGGAACAAGGGAUACAAUCCAAGCUAUCGCCCAAACCCAACAUGUCUUAUAGAAACCCCAAUGUGGAGAAUCCUCAAGACCAAGUGUAUCCUCCAAGGUAUCCACAACAACAAAGACCUCCUUACCAAUCUCAAGGAAGUCAAUUUCAGCCAAGGCAAGGAUAUGAGCAGAGAUCAUCAUAUCCGCCCAAGGAGCCAUAUGCUUCUUCACCAAAUCAAGCUCCUCCAAACCAACAAGGUGGGAGAUUUGAAGGAAUCCUCCAACAGAUCAUGGAUGGCCAGAAGAGAAACACUAAAGAGAUGUAUGAGAAGAUGGACACUUUGUUCAGCAAUCUCAACACCAAGUAUGAUGCUGUUGCCACUCAUGUGA